AAGGAGGAGAGCCCAGUUUGCUAACACUGGACGUCCUUGGAGCCCCUCUUGGGAGUGAUCUGUGUUAGACACUCUGUUGUAUGCCAAUUUCUGCCUCUCAAAAGGGAGAUCGGUUUAACCGAUCUGGACUGUAAAGAAAAAUCAAGCUCUCUCUUGUGUUGGCGUGCUAAGAGACCUACACUACAAACACCCACACAAACAAGUCCUCCUGGGACAACUGUCAAUUUAUUUCCAACACUGGGACCGCGCAAAGCACCCCGUGCACUUUCCACCCACGUGCCACUGACAAAACACGCAGCAAAUGUGUCCUCGCAAGCCCGGAGACAAACGGGAUAGGGAGAAGCACUGCCAGAAAAGUGGUAAGGAAAAUUGUUUCAUUCCCAGCCAAGUGACUCAGAGGAACCAAAGGACAGAGGGAUUUGUUGCCAACUCAUGGCAGCACGUAGGCGUGCAUGGCCUGGGCACGCUCCCACCUGUACUGCAAAGAGGCUAUCCUGUCUCCUGUGCCAACAUGCUUAUACACCCACUGGGUGAAGAUUCCUGAAGACGAGGACUCAAGGAAAAACUGUCUAUUCAGAUCAAACCAAGGGGCCAUGCAAAACACGCAGGAGUAACUAAAAAAAAGGGAGAAGCCAGACAUGAUAGAUGAAUCUUCUCAUUCCCCAAGUGAAAAGAAUUUGAACAGGAUCCUGUUAGCUAGACAAACUACAGUUUGUGUUACACCAUGUACAUCUUUUCAGCACAUACCAGCAAAAAGGCAUGGCUGGGGAGCAAGAGAAUACUUCCAUGACAUGUCAAAAAUUGCCUGUUUUUCAUGAAACAAGUCAUACAUCUCUACGUACUGAUAGUCCAUGAAUUUAUAAAGCCUUCUAAAAAUAACAAAGUCUGGAUUACAUAUAUAGUCAGAAAAGAGGUUAAGACAUGCACUUCUGGCAAUAUAUACCCACUCAGGAAAUAAUCUGCAGGUCAAACAGAAGUUCAUAAAUGAUUUUGAUAUAAUUAGUCAUUUGCAGGGGCUGAAAAGAACAAUUCUUACCAUCAGACUUCCCAGCGUAGCCAAAUAUGUCAUUUGCAGCAAUGAAGCGAACAACUUGGAUUUCCUCCCUGUUCUGCCUCCAGGCUACAUACACCGGAAGAGAUUUGCUGAAUAUACAGGUAAUAAAGUUUUAUAUAGUAUGCCCCAUGCCACACUUUACGUUUUGAGGCACAGAUUCAGCAAUGAGUGCCAAUUGCCAUACUGUCACAAGUGAUCUUAAGAGAAAAGCUUCCACUCUCUUCAAUAAGCCUCAAAGUAGACCCUCAAAACCACAUACAAAACUCUCCUGUGCUUCAGUAAGUGUCAAGUUGUAACACUCCAGCCAAAGGCUCUCAUGUGAAUUGGGCUGGAUCUGGCCCAUACUGCCCGAGUAUGCAUGGUUAAUUCAGUGUUAGCAAGAGGAGGUGAGCAUAAUCCCAGUUCAGGGCACUUGGAAUGCCAUUCACAUACAUGUACAAGAGGACAGAGGACUGUUGCUGAUUUUUGAGCUAAAUAUUUGCAGGAAAUACUCAAAUAUGUUCUAGGAAAGUGAGUUCACUUUGGGAAUCUGAAGUUAACUAACUGAACAACAUGGAAAAGCUGAAAUGGUUUUGUCUUUCCAUGGAAAAUUCUGUGUAUUCAACCACAAAGCAAUUACUGGAAGACGAGGAGGAAAGGGGUCAGGGUUUUCAAUGAAAGCUAAACAAAGCAAACCUGCAAAAAUGAACCAGACUUUCUUGGUUGCAUUUUUAGCAUUUAAACAAUACUUUUACCCUUUUAGUUUUAAAUCAGUCGUUACAAAUUCUGGUUCUUCAUAGCAGGGAAUUAUUCCUUAUUCCCAAAAAGGCAGAAGUUGCUGCUAGGGCAGAACAGCAGCCACCCACCAUCCUAACAGCAACUCUGCUACCCCUGCAGCAAAUGUGCUCAGCGAAUCAACAAGUGCAAGCUGCAUCAUACACAUUGGGUGUAUUUCUUGAUACGUGGAAGCUUGACAUACUUAAGCUCAAGUCAUUACAGACAGGCCAAUCACAAUAUUUACAGUCAGUGCUAGAUGCCUUAUAGACAACACAGGCUGUUUCCAUACAUAUCAACCAACCUCCACACCAGCUGGAUUAUUUUUAACAAUACAGAAUGAAACUCCCUGUGCAUGAGACUUUUCCAAGGGCAAUCCGUGACCAUCUCAGCUUUACCACCUUGAUAGUGUAAAGACUUCAAAGAGUUAUUAUUUUUUUAAUGUAUGUGUAUACAUAUAUGCACACAUAAAUCUGUCUGUGUGUGCAUGUAAAUAUUUAUUUGCUUUCAUCUUUUGACACAACUAUUUACAGGAAGGCAGUGAAGGACUGCACCAGCAACCCCUUAUUCUUAAAUGGUCAUCUUGAACGUCUUUCUUCCCUUUCCAUGAAAACCCAAAAUAGCCUGGGAGGUAAGACAGGACUAAUGAGCCGUUACUCCACACAGGAAGUAGCAGGCUCAGUCUGACAAUGACAAGACCUAAAUUCGGUACGGAAAAAGCUUUCAUGAGCAGCAAAACAGUCAUGCUCCUGCUCAGUGGAGCAAUAAGUCUGAGUAGGGAGACCUCAGGAGUGAAGCAUAGACCUAGAGUAUUAAAGGGCCCGGUUAUAACAGAGCAUCUCUCCAGCAUAUGAUCUAAACCUCAUUUUUCUCAGCUGUGCAGAUAAAUGGUUUGAAUAACAAGGGUUCAACAACUUCUCGGUUAAGGAGACACUCUUCCUGUGUGGCUUUCUGGGGAGAUGGAUCCACAGAAGUUACAGAAGUGCUAAUAACUUGCAACUGACCUCAUUAUCAAGUUUCCAAUGUCUUUGUCUUCUUUUUUCCCCCCUCCCAUUCUCCCUUUCUUUUUCAUGUUUUUGGUUUUACUUUGCCAAGAAACUUCCUAGGGCUCUAUCUUCAGAUAUUUACAAAGCUGCAAACGAUGUCUCCGUUACCAGCAAAGACUGCUUUGCCAGAAACAUGGUAAAUAACAAAAAGUUUGUCCUUUACAUGUUAACAUAUUUGUAAUUAUUAGAAGAAUGCUACUUCUCACUGCUAUUUCCAGUUCUCCUCUGGCCAGCCCAUGCCCCAGCUGACCAGCAAAAAAAAGCUGCAACAUGAGAAAAUUUGGCCUAGAUUCUCAGCUACUGUAAAUUGGGAUAAUUAUGUUGCCUUCAGCAGAACCAGUUUACACAAGCUGGGACUGUCACUCUUCAUAAUUACUAUACAUUUCUCUGGAAUAUAAUUUGAUCACUUCUGUAAAUUGAAAGCUAGCACUCAGCCAGGUAGGUCUGUUUCACAGGGUCAUAAAAGAGCACAGCCUAACACACUGAAAUAGGUGUCAGGGCAACCCACAGAAAUGCCUCGUGCGUCUGGGGAAAGGGGGAAGGGGCUGGAAACUUCUUGCCACCACCAAAGAGCUCUGCACGCUAGAUGAGAGAUAGCAGAGCUGGAGAACUGCUGAUGUCCUACGUACUGGGUGAGCCAGCGGUAAACAUGCACCGGAUGGUGCUGAGGUUAGCUACCUGCAAUAGCCCCCCCCAGAAGGAGAAAAGAACUCCAUUACCCAAGGAACUCAUAAGGCCUGUGGUGAUUUGGGUUUGCAACAAAGAGAAACACUGGGAAGGAGGAGGAGGGAAAUCGCCACUUGUCUUUCAUAACUGCUGCUGUACUGUAUCUUCUCCAGGCAGGAGACCCCAGUACCCAAACAAGACAGAAUGAAAAAUACAUAAUCAGAUAAAGUCUAGCCAGCUUCCUUUCAUGAUAUUUCCACCUAAACACAUUGACAUGAAAGAUGUUUUCUUUAUAAAACAGUUUAUGAAGUUCCAACAUGCCUCUUACACAUCACAUCCCAGAACUUCAAGUUACUUACAGGGAAAAUAACUGCAAAUAUCACAUCAGAGCAGCUCAGAUUUUUUUAAAGGCAAACCUUCUUACUACUUGGGAAGAAGCUGAGUUCUUCCAGGUGCAUGAACUUCCUAUAAGCAUCACUGUUUUUAGAGUGAAUGCUCCAGAUUCGACAAGAAUGAUAGUCUCUAACUAUAAAGAAAGGAUGUACUUGAAUCCUAUAUGUGUACUACUUAUACCACCAGAAAACACCAUUGUUAAAUUUCAAGAAAAAGAAUUGAAGUAUUGAUACCAUCAUGAAGAAAACAACCCAAGCUAAAGGAGGAUUCUCAAAUUCUGCUCUCUUUAGUAAACAGAAACAAAAUAGCUGAGCUCUGGGCCCACACAUUUGCACAUUGUUGGCCUAAUUUGAAAAUCAGUGACUGAAAUCUAUCAGGAACAUAGAUCAGCCUGAGACAUAAAGACCUUCCCCUAAAGCUGGCAAACGUCAUCAAAAAGAAAUGUCCUGCAAAAACUAACUCACCUCUCUGCUACAUAACACACAGAGCAAAAAAGCUCCAAGACCCUGACUGCUGGGCAUUUCAAGGGCGUACUGAGCAUCCCCCACCAACCACCCCCAGCUGAUGGGAAUUCACAACUCCACACCCUGACGGCCAUCAGCUGCCUUUAGCUCUAUCUUGACCUUGCAAGGCAGUUUCUAAGAAGUUCUGGAAACAGCUGGGUUUGUCAGUAGGUGUAAAACUGAAUAGGUUGAGAUGGUUUCCGUACUUUGAAGGACAAUGGGAACUCUUAAUGAGGACCUAUGCUCUUCAUUGGAUCUCAUUUCUAGUGUUUGCCACACUCUUUCUUUCCAGUUAAAUACUGUACAUACAUUUCCCUCCUGCAAAUGGGAGAGUAUUCACUGUAAACAGGCAGAUGAUUGCCAUCCAAACAGUGGUAAGUAUUUUCAAAGAAAAGUGAAAAGUAGUUAACCAUCCUGCUGAGCAUGGAAAAGGGCAGUGGAGGAAUUUAAUUUAAAGGAUUUUAAAUGCAGCAGCCAAGUGCAGCUUCCAGAAAUACUUAGCACAACACAUGACACAUACCUAAUCUCCGAAACACAUUCUUCUGGGCCAAAGAAGAACCCACUGAACAAAGUCUCUGAAUCAGUGUCUCAGCUGUUUCUGCAGCUCCACCUCAAGUAGUACACCCCCACCUCCUGCAUUUUUAUAAAGCUCAUAGUGACAAGGUUGUAUUAAGGUGUUAUUCUGAAAAUGAGAGGAUCAAUCUGCCUCUCUCCCAGCUACUACUGCAGAAAGGGAAGCAGGAACAGACUGGACGAUCCCCGGAUUGCCCUGGCAAGGACUCUGCUCUGGCAGCCUCAGCACGGGAUGCUGCUGGGUCCAGGGAGCUGGAGGGAGGAAUCUGCCGCUAGCAGACGUGAGAUAGCGCCGACUGCCAUGAGCGUAAGGGAAUCGGCUUUUUGGAAACAGCUGGAUGGGAAAAGCGUUCUGUGAUCGGCUCCUAUGGACUUAAUGAGGAUCAUAUACGUAGAAAUACAGUCCAUAACCUCCAGACUUCUUUCUUUCAAGGAGAUUUCUCUAUUUCCUAUAGGGCUUUUUAGUUAACGGUGGGACAGAGCUUAUUUGUGUCUUCCUCAACAGAUGUGGUUUCACCUUAGAUUUCAGCUCUUCUGCUCUGAUGACCGUGCUCCCAUCCUCCCACUCGGAAUCCUUUGUCCUUUUGAUACCGUCUCAUGUGAUAACGAGCAACCCUCAUCAUCUUCCUGCAGCAUGGCACAUUGCCAUUUUCUCGCUAAAGAAAUAAAAAGCUCUGUCUUUGCCUUUUCCUUCAGACUGAAUACACAUAUCCUUGCCCACCUACCUCUUUGUUACAAAUACCUGUGGCUCUCUAAAGCCAUUCUAUCUCCAAAAUUUGACAUUUUUAUCAUGUUGAUGUUUACAGCAUUCUUUUUAAAAAGUCAGUAAAAUAACUGUAUUAACUGGAAUUUUCCCCUUCAUUCUGUAGUUUUGGAGCUGAUUUUGUUUCAAGAUUCAGAGACAUUUUGGUGGUAAUUGUUAAUGCUGCAAAAAUAUUGUAGGAGGUACUUAAUUCAGCCUUUUCACUGUGACACCUUGGGAGGUGGGAGCAAGAGAUAGCUUGUACAGCAAGGAGCUAUGCAAAACUAUCAAUCAGGUUAAUAGCUGAACUAGGGAUUUUUCAGUCAACAAUCUGUUACGAAGGCAUCUUCUGAGCAGCAAUCACCUUUGAACAAAUUUGUAAGUAGAUGAGAUCAGUAUGCAUGAUAAAAACCCCAGGAACUGUUUAAACUUCUUGUUUGAAGUGCGAUAACUUAAAAAUGUCUAUUUGUCUGAAUUUCAGGGGAAAAAAAGCAUCUCCAAGGUCCUUUCUUUGCAACAAGCUGGCCAGUUCAUUAUACUGAGCAAAUAAUGGCACGUCUAAUUAUUGUGGGAAUAUUCCAAAAGGGCUAAUGUUGUAUAUGACAGUAAAAGGGUUUUGAUUAACCAGAAAUUGUUUGGGAGAGUAUAAAAGUAACUCUUUCCCCUUAAUUCUUUCUGCCUUCCACAGAUGAACCAAGCUCACCUCAGGCCCCUGCCAAAAUCUGACAGCAUGAAUUGGAGAACAAUAAUUUAUGUUAUUUUAUUGGUGAGCCUUACUGUAGUCAAAGCCCUGCCUAGAAGUUAUCGGGACAUAGAGGAAAAAAACAGCAUUGGCCAACGUUUUUCUCAGCUGCAGGAGAAUAAUUUUAAAGCCAUGUAAGUUGUCCAGUGCCAUGAUCAUGUUUGCUCAGUACGUGCAAGGAGGCACGUUUGUCAAAGCAGUUAAAAUGGCUGAAGAUGUCACAGACCUUGCCAAAAGGUGUGCUGCUGCAGCCAGAGACAACCCGGAUUGUCUGAAGCCUUUGGACAGGAUUUUCCUUGAUACAAUAUGCCAGGAUGAAAAUCUUCCCAGGUUUACUGACUGCUGUGCUAAAAUGGAUCCUGAAAGAAAUGACUGCUUUCUCUCCCUUAAAAAUUCAUCGCGAGGGUUCAUUUCUCCUUUUGAAAGGCCAAAUGCUGAAGCUGCCUGCAAAAAUCAUUCACAGCAUCAACAUCCAUUAACAGGAUAUUUUAUCUAUGAGGUUUCCAGAAGGCAUCCUUUCCUCUAUGCCCCAACAAUCCUUUCUGUCGCUAUCCGGUAUGACGAGAUGAUGAAGAACUGCUGCGGAAGUGCUGAACACCCCACUCAUAACCUGGAGGAAUGCUUUCGGAGACAGGCACCAAAGGUGGUAAAGCCAGUAAAAGAAGAUGGCCUGAGGCAGGAACACACAUGUGGAAUCUUGAAGAAGUUCGGAGAAAGGACCUUAAAGGCUCUGAAACUUGCUCAGAUAAGCCAAAAAUUCCCUAAAGCUGAUUUUGUUACUGUUAACAAACUUGUGAUGGAUAUUGCUAACAUGCACAAGGACUGCUGUCGUGGAGAUAUGCUGGACUGUAUGCAUGAUAGGGAAGAGAUUCUGCACUAUGUCUGCACCAACCAAGACACCCUAUCAAGUAAAAUUAAGACGUGCUGUGAAAAGCCUCUGUUACAACAAAGUGAAUGCAUAGUUAAUGCAGAAAAUGACGACAAACCUGCAGACUUGUCCCCCCACGUCAGGGAGUUUAUAGAAGACAAAGGAAUAUGUGAACGUUUUGCCCAGGAGAAAGACACACACUUAGCCAGGUUUCUGUAUGAAUAUUCCAGGAGACACCCUGAAUUUUCUGCUCAGAUGCUUUUAAGAAUUGGUAAAGGAUAUGAGGACCUACUGAAAGAGUGCUGCAAAACCGGGGCUCCAGACAACUGCCGCAGCAGAGGGGAAGAAGAACUGAAGAAACAUAUUUAUGAAACUGAAAGUGUCAUGAAGACAAGCUGCGACAUUUACAAGGAUAAAGGAGAUUACUAUUUCCAAAACGAGCUUCUCAUGAGCUUCACCAAGAAGAUGCCUCAGCUGACAUCUGCAGAGCUGAUAAAAUUCACCAAGCAAAUGACUACAAUUGGCUCCAAAUGCUGCCAGUUAAGCCAGGACAAGCUACUGCCUUGUGCCGAGGAAAACCUGGAUCUCGUGCUUGGAGAAGUAUGUAGAAGACACCUGACCGAUCCUAUAAACCCUGGAGUUUGCCACUGCUGUAGUAGCUCCUAUGCUCUCAGGAGACCAUGCAUGGGGAAACUCGAAAUUGAUGAGAAUUAUGUGCCCUUAACAUUGACUCCUGGUCUGUUCACUUUCCACGAAGACUUGUGUACGACUGAAGAGGAAAAGUUACAGCACAAGAAGCAGGAAAUGCUCAUCAACCUCAUCAAAUACAAGCCCCAGAUCACACAGGAACAGCUGACCGCCGUCACGGCGGCCUUUACUGCCAUGCGAGAACAGUGCUGCAAAGAAGAAAACCGUGAGACGUGUUUUGUGAAAGAGGGUCCAGAACUUAUAAAAAGAAGUGAAAAAAUGUUGUCAGCGUAAAGAGCUUGCGUAGCAUAGUGGAAGAUACUUGCUGAAUGACAGGAAGUCACACAAACGUAACCGCGAGCAUAUCUUUUCUAAAUGUUCAAGAAGUAUAAACCAGAACGUAUGAUUUGUCAUAGCGAAGAAAACUAUGUUGUGGCUCUUUACUCACAAAUCUAAUGAAGUCAUGAUGGUUUACACCAGCCGCAGUUCUGCCACUGUCGGAUCUGUGAACCGCUGUGAACAAGGUAAAAAGAGGUGCCACAGAAUAAAACAUCAAAUUCCCA